AGAUACUAGUCCCAUUAUUCUUGAUCCAUUUUCACAUAGCAUAAAUUCCACCCCUCCUUCCUUUAACAUGUAUUCAAAUGCAGCACCAAACAAUCUUUCGAAUCCCGAUUCCGCAUUAUUGUAUGAAAUGUAUCUAUCCGAUACAGAUUUUAAUGCUAAUAAUGCCUUUAAUGACCAAUCGCCAAUUUCAACCUCUAUAAAUACACCGCCUUCAUCGAAUGUUUUUACCGUACCCUCUUAUCAAGAUAUUAGUUUUCGUCAAUUUGACUUUGGCUGUGAAUUAUCAGAGUUAAAUUUAUUUACUCAAGAACCAACAUUUUUAAACAAUGUAAAUGAUCUAAAUUUACAAAUUUUUAAUAAUUCAUCACAUAAUGACAAUGUUAUUUCUUCAUUUGAAAUAAAUCAAAUAACCGAAAAUACACCGUUUAUGCAAUCAAAUAAUUAUGAUAUGAUGCAACCUUUACAAUUUCAUACUGAUAAUUUUAACAUUAUUAAUAGCAAUGUAGAUUGUGAUAUUUAUGGUUUAUGUUACAAUGAUACAAUGCCUUACCCUCACGCGUAA